AUGGAAGCAUAGUUUGCAGAUUCAUCUGCAAAGCUUACUGAGAAAGUGAAAAUGGAGUGCAUAUAUUUUAAAAAAAAAGCUGUGAUAAUCCAGACAUCCUGGAUGAAACUUAAUGUAACUCUUAGAAAAAAUACAGCUGUCUUGAGUCCAAUCUAUGGCAUACAUAUCAAAGACAAAUACAAUGGAAGAAUUUAUUUUGAAAAAAUGCCCUUCAUCAAGAGAACUUUGGAAGAUGAUGGUCUCCAUAUAACAAACACUUUCUCCAUUCUAACUAAUCCAGAUGGAAUUUUGAAAAAGGUAAUAGAAACUACUCAUUCAACAGAUGCUUUUGAAGUGUCUGAGAAACAAAAUAAUCCCAUAUUUACCAAGCAAGGAGGAAAUGUUGCUUACUGCCCUGAUAAAAUUGGAGAUUCAUUGCAGCGAGUGAUUUGGGAAAGGAUUAAAGCAGAUUGGGUAGAUUUUGUCAUUCUGCGCAACUCAUCAGGAAAGCAAAGCUUUGGUUUAGAUUUCAAAGAAUGUACACCAGUGGAUUGUUCUGAUCAGGAAAACUCCAGGAUUGUCUUUCAAAACAUUACAGCCUCUGACUUUGUGAUGUACUUCCAUAACCCCAGCUCCUUCAGCUGCUCCUCAUAUGACUUACAAGAAGGAGAUGCUUUGGAAGGGGAGCCUGAGCUUGCAGGAGGAGAUGGGCAUUCUCCCAGAGAAGGCUCAAGGAGAAUUCCCCAUCAACACAUUGUACUGCAGGGCCUUGGGGAUGAGACUUGUCCUCCCACAAAGGCAAAGACCACACUCACAGCCAUAUUUGUCAUGUGGAAAUUUGUGAACUGGGCUCCACCUUAUUCAGCAGCUUGGGAUCACAAAUGGUUUAUUACCUACCUAGCUGAAAGGAUUUCUGCUGCUAUUUUGGUGUUAGAUUUCCUACUGAUCUGCUGCAUCACCACUGCUUAUCACAAAAAAAAGAGGAGGAUCACAGAUGCUUUAUCAAAACCUCCUUCUAACAGUUAUGGAAGAUCCAAUUUUCAUGGCAUACAGAGCAGAGAAAGAAGAGGAGAAGAAUCAUCACUCAGGCAGACAGAGGAGAUUUAUGUCAACUGCAAAAAUGUCUCACACAAACAUAAGAAAAGAUCAUUAAGUUCUUUCUUAAGAAUGAAGCAAUCAAAGCACAGGCCUUUUAUUUACAGAAUAGACUUUAUUUUCUCUGUGCUGGCGAGAAGUGAGGUGUUAUUUUGCUGCUGGGCAAACAGCGCUAUUCAGCUGACAAAAGGAAAUGUAUCAGGGCUCCUUGAACCUAGAUUUAAAAGUAUGAACAGCAGCUUGGUAUCUGACAGCUUUGUGGUUUUACAGGCUUCUUGCCACUCACCAUAG